GCAUCACCUAUCACGCUCUUCAUCAACCAAGUAAAGCCUCCCAAAACUAGAUAUCUACUCUUGUAAGCCCUUUCCUUCCUCUUCAAUUUCAAUCAUCAAAGCGAUCAACAUGGAGGUUGAAGUUGUUUCAAGAGAAUACAUCAAGCCAUCUUCACCAACACCCACUCACCUAAAAACCUUUCACAUUUCUCUCUUGGACCAGCUCCUACCUUCUGCAUACGUCCCUUUUGUCUUUCACUAUCUCAUGUCUGAUUCCAACUGCGUCAAACAAGUGUUGGAUCGUUUAAAGAGUUCACUCUCCGAGACCCUAUCACGCUUCUAUCCACUCGCCGGACGGCUCAAGGACCACAUGUCAUUCGAUUGUAAUGACGAAGGAGUUUUAUUUAUAGAAACUCAUGUUAAUUAUGAUAUGUCAAUGUUUCUUGAGCAACCUGAACUUGAGGUCUUGCACCGAUUUGUUCCUUACCAAGACUUUGUCCUUGAGCCAGAAACUAGCUUGGUUCACCUGGCUAUUCAAGCUAAUGUAUUUGCUUCUGGAGGAAUUUCCAUUGGCGUGUCCAUGUCGCACAAGAUCCUAGAUGCAAAUACGUUGGCUACUUUCCUCAAGUGUUGGGCAGCUUUAUCUGCUGGCUGUAAAGAUAAAGCAGUAUUUCCUGACCUCACCUCAGCAUCAACACUUUUCCCUCCAAGAUUGGAACAACUACCACGUAGCAUGGCAUACCUCAAGGAGAAUUGGUUGAAAGAAGGAAAAAGCAUCUUGAGGAGAUUUGUAUUCGAUAGCAGUGCUAUAAAAGCCCUCAAGGCCAAGGCGACUAGAAAACUAGUUCCUUAUCCAAGUAGUUCCCAAGUCGUAACUGCUUUAAUCUGGAUGCGUGCAUUGGCUGCUUCCACAGCAGUGAAAGGCUACAAACAACCAUCCAUGUUGGUCUAUGCCGUAAACAUGCGACCACGAAUGGAGUCACCAUUGUCUGAAAAGGCAUUUGGUAAUAUCUUUUGGCUAACAAGCGCACAUCACAACGUAACACACACGGAUGAAACUGAGCUGCAAGUUGUGGUGGGACUAGUGAAGGAAGCUGUUAAAAAAUUAGACAGUACUUUCAUCCAAGGCAUGCAAGGGGAUGAAGGGUUUGACACAAUACACAAGUUGAUGGAAGAAAGAGAUGAAGUAUAUGCUAAAGAAAAGCCAGAAAUGUACAUGUUUAGUGACGUGAGAAGUUUUAAAUUGUCAGAGUUGGACUUUGGAUGGGGAAAGCCUAUUUGGGUUAGCCAUGUUUGGGGUUUUCCUAGUUCUAUCUUGAUCAAUGGGGUAUUUCUAGCAGAAAGAAAUGUUGAUGAGGGAAUAGAAGCAUGGGUGCACUUGGAUGAGCCUGAAAUGGCUAUUUUAGAGCAAGACCCUGAAUUCCUAAGCUAUGCUUCCUCAAAUCCAGGCAUUUCUAUGCCAAUAUCAGAGGUUGGUACUUCCUGUGUUAAAAGAAAUUAUCUCGCUCUCGUUGCUCUUCAGUUUCAUUCCAUCAAGAUGGAGAUUCAAGCGGUGUCAAGGGAAUUCAUCAAGCCAUCUUCUCCAACACCCUCUCACCUUAGAACCUUCACCAUUUCCCUCUUGGACCAGCUCCUCCCUUCUGCUUAUGUCCCCAUCGUCUUUCACUACCCCAUCUCGGAUGCCAGCUCCGUCAAACAAGUGUUGGCUCGUUUGAAAAGUUCGCUAUCCGAUACCUUGUCUCGCUUCUACCCAUUGGCUGGACGGCUUAGGAAUCGCAUGUCGUUUGAUUGCAAUGAUGAAGGAGUUUUAUUCAUAGAAACUCGUGUUAAUCGCUACAUGUCUGAGUUUCUUAAAAAGCCUGAACUCGAGGUACUGCACCGAUUUGUUCCUUACCAAGACUUUGUGCCCGAGCCGGAAAGUACCUUGUCUCACCUAGCUAUUCAAGCCAAUGUAUUUUCUUCUGGGGGAAUUUCCAUUGGUGUGUCCAUGUCACACAAGCUCUUAGAUGCAAAUACGCUGGUUUCUUUCCUCAAGUGCUGGACUGCCUUGUGUAGCGGCUGUCAAGACCAAGCAAUAAUCCCUGACCUCAGCUCAGCAUCCUCGCUUUUCCCUCCAAGAUCCGAGCAACUACCACGAAGCAUGGCAUAUCUCAAGGAGAGUUGGUUGAACGAAGGGAAAAGCAUCUUGAGGAGAUUUGUGUUCGAUAGUAAUGCCAUAAAAGGCCUCAAGGUUAAGGCCACUAGCCAGCUAGUUCCUUAUCCAAGCAGUUCCCAAGUGAUAACUUCCUUAAUCUGGACGCGUGCAAUGGCUGCUUCUGCAAAAGUCAAAGGCUCCCAACACCCAUCCACGUUGGUCUUUGCGGUAAACAUGCGGCCACGAAUGGCAUUGCCAUUGUCUGAAAAUGCAUUUGGGAAUAUCUUCUGGCUAACAAGUGCACACCACGAUGCAGCCCACACAAAACAAAAUGAUGAGCUGUCAGUUGUGGUGGGUCGGGUGAAGGAAGCAGUUAAAAAGCUAGACAGUAAUUUCAUCCAAAGUAUGCAAGGGGAUGAAGGGUUUCACAACAUUCGCAAGUUGAUGGAAGAAAGAGACGAAGUAUAUGCCAAAGAAAGACCCGGAAUGUACAUGGUUAGCGACCUGAGAAGUUUCAGAUUGUCGGAAUUGGAUUUCGGGUGGGGAAAGCCUAUUUGGGUUAGCCAUGUUUGGGGAUUCCCCAGUUCAGUGUUUGUGAAUGGGGUAUUUUUAGCAGAAAGCAGUGUGAACGGAGGAAUAGAGGCGUGGGUACACUUGGACGAACCUGGAAUGGCUAUUUUGGAGCAAGAUCCUGAAUUUCUAACCUACGCUUCCUCAAAUCCAGGUUUUUCUAUGCCAUCAUAGUUUGAUUUGGCAUUGUCAGGUUCGUCGAAUUAAUGAGUAGGUAUCCAACUUCUUGAGUCGAGGAUGGAUGUUUGGAUGCUAGAAUGUCCCAAAGAUGUUAUUUAGAUACAUAUAUAUAUAUAUAUAUUUUGUAUUUUACAGUUCAUUUAUAUGGUUUUUUAAUUUUUUUAUUACAUAUACCCAUUGUAAAUGAACAUCAAUUAUAAAAUAAUAAACAACAAUAUAUUACAUUUUCAUA